GUGCAAAGCGGAACGCGUCAGUCUAAUAUUACGUGUUUGUCCAAUUCGGAAAUUGAGUAACCGAGAUGCGGGGCUUAUCAGCGUUUCUGCUUUUGCUCUGCCUCCAACGGGUGAAGUCUGAUGGGGCUGCAGCCGCACGGAGACCCAACAUAAUCAUCAUAAUGGCCGACGAUAUGGGCUUCGACGAUGUGAGUUUUCGCGGUGGCCGGGAGUUUCUGACGCCCAAUAUCGACGCCUUGGCCUAUCACGGUCGACUAUUGGAUCGCCUCUACGCCCCCGCGAUGUGCACUCCCUCCCGGGGAGCUCUACUCAGCGGUCGCUAUCCCAUACACACAGGCACCCAACACUUUGUGAUCAGCAAUGAAGAACCUUGGGCUCUUACCCUUAAUGCCACUUUGAUGCCGGAGAUCUUUAGAGACGCAGGCUACUCCACCAACUUGGUGGGAAAGUGGCAUCUGGGCUUCUCCCGGCCGGAAUAUACACCCACUCAGCGGGGAUUUGACUACCACUACGGCUAUUGGGGUGCCUAUAUAGACUACUACCAGAGACGAUCCAAGAUGCCGGUGGCCAAUUACAGUCUGGGCUACGAUUUCCGGCGGAACAUGGAGUUGGAGUGUCAGGAUCGUGGAGUUUACGUCACCGAUUUGUUGACCGCCGAGGCGGAACGGUUGAUCAAAGAGCAUGCCGAUAAGGAGAAACCGCUUUUCCUGAUGCUCAGCCAUCUGGCUACCCAUACGGCCAACGAGGAUGAUCCUCUGCAGGCGCCGGAGGAGGAAAUACGAAAGUUUUCGUACAUCAAAGAUCCCAACCGUAGGAAGUAUGCGGCGAUGGUCUCCAAGUUGGACCAGAGCGUGGGCCGCAUAAUGAGCACUCUGGCCAGCGCGGAUCAGCUGGAGAACAGCAUAGUGAUCUUCUACUCGGACAACGGAGCGCCCUCGGUGGGGAUGUUUGCCAAUACGGGUUCCAAUUAUCCGCUUCGCGGGCAGAAGAAUACGCCGUGGGAGGGCGGAGUGAGGGUGGCCGGAGCCAUUUGGAGUUCCCAACUCCAGGCACGUGGCUCAAUCUUUAGUCAGCCCAUCUAUGUGGCCGACUGGUUGCCCACGCUUUCCCGAGCGGCGGGCAUUGAGCUAGAUGAUUCCUUAAGGCUAGACGGGAUCGAUUUGUGGCCCCAGCUAUCGGGAUCGGCGGAUGCCCCACAUGUUCCGCGGGAGAUCCUGCACAUUUUGGACGACGUGUGGCGGGUGGGUGCCCUCCAAAUGGGUCAGUGGAAGUAUGUGAAUGGCACCACUGCCGCCGGCCAAUACGACUCGGUGCUUACCUACCGCGAACUGGACGAUCUGGAUCCCCGAGAGAGUCGUUAUGCGGUGACGGUGCGGAAUUCCCCAACUUCGAGAGCCCUUUCCCACUUCGAUUUGCGGCGACUGACGCAACAACGGAUCUCGGUCAUCCGACGAUCGGCCACCGUGCGUUGUGGGGAUCUCCAGAGGUCCUGCAAUCCCCUGCUGGAGGAGUGCCUGUACGAUAUCUCCACGGAUCCCUGCGAGCAGAGCAAUCUGGCCUACUCCGAAAGGCACUCCGACGUUUUGGCCGCCUUGCGAAGACGUCUGCGCGAACUGAGAGCAAGUGCAUCGAUCCCGGGUAAUCGAGCCAGCAUGCCGGCGGCAAAUCCCACAUGGCACACCUGCGCCUGGGAGUCCUUCGAAGUGCAGAAACCAAAGAUUGUUCCUCUGGAGUGCGAUUACCAAGGCCUUCCUUGUUAAAUAUCCCAAAAUAGAAGGACGAAACUUGACCUUAAAAUAAAGGAGCAAUGCAAUCAUGAUGCAUAACUUUAUCUGUAGGGCUGCAAAUACAUAUCCUAGUUUAAUAAAAUAUUCAGAUAAUAAACCUCGAAA